GUUCCAUAAUUUAUUCAUUCAUUGUUUAUGUUUCUAAUCCAACUAAAAUAAGUCAAGAAAAAUAAAGUUUAUAGGUGUAAUUAGUUAAAUAAUUAUUUUUUCUUCGUUAGAUUCUCUGCUCUGGUUUUUACCUUGAUUAUUAAUGUAGUUCAAAGACAGACGAAGUAGCUAAGACUAGUAUGUAACAUAAGGUUGCCAGGGUAACAAGUUUGGCGAGAUCGAUUCAGUUUUCAAUAUUUUUCUUCAAUUUAAAGAAUAAAUAUUAAAAUGGGGCGAAAAGUGACCGUAGCGGUAUGCACGCUCAACCAAUGGGCAUUGGACUUUGAAGGGAAUCUGAACAGGAUUCUGCAGUCCAUACAAGAGGCUAAGGAAAUGGGCGCUAUGUAUCGCACUGGGCCUGAACUGGAGAUAUGCGGAUACAGUUGCGAAGAUCAUUUCCACGAGCCGGACACGUACUUACACAGUUGGCAGGUUCUUGCCGAGCUGCUAAAGUCUCAAACAUGUAAAGACAUGCUCAUAGAUGUCGGCAUGCCAGUGCAGCAUAGAAAUGUGUCGUAUAACUGCCGAGUGGCGUUCUUGAACAAAAAGAUACUGUUGAUCAGACCAAAGAUGAUGUUAUGCGAGGAUGGCAACUAUAGAGAGAGCCGGUGGUUUUCUUGUUGGACCAAAGAUCGUCAAAUAGAAGAUUACUUUUUACCUCGAAUGAUUACAGCUAUAACUGAGCAGACGGUAGUACCUAUAGGUGACGCUGUGAUUUCCACCAGAGACACGUGUAUAGGUUUCGAAAUAUGCGAAGAGUUGUGGAAUCCUCAAAGUCGCCACAUCCCUUUAGGACUGGACGGCGUAGAGAUCAUUUCGAACGGCUCUGGCAGUUAUAUGGAGCUACGAAAGGCUUACGUUACCGUGGACCUGGUAAAAAGUGCCACUUUCAAAAGCGGUGGUGCGUACCUCUUCAGCAAUUUGAGGGGGUGUGAUGGACAGAGGGUGUAUUUCAACGGGUGUUCCUGUGUUGCUGUCAAUGGAGAAAUUGUUAAUAGGGGGCUGCAGUUUGCGCUGCAUGAUGUUGAGGUGAUACCGGCAACCAUAGAUUUAGAACAGAUUCGUUCCUAUAGAGCGCAAAUUCGUUCGCGGUCGCACUUGGCAGCUUCCAGCAAACCGUUUCCGAGAAUCACCGUCGAUUUCGCCUUGUCCGAUGACGAUGAUGUGCAUUUGAUAGCCAGCUCGCCUAUGGAGUGGAAGUACUUAACGCCUGAAGAAGAAAUUGAAUUAGGUCCGGCAUGUUGGCUGUGGGACUACCUCCGUAGGUCCGGGCAAGGCGGUUUCUUUCUACCGCUCAGUGGCGGGGUAGAUUCUACCAGUACUGCGUGCAUUGUGUUCUCAAUGUGUACGCAGAUUUGCGAGGCUAUACAAAAAGGAGAAAGUCAAGUGUUGUACGACGUCCGUAAAAUCCUAUGUCAGUCUGAUUACACCCCUUCCGACCCCAUGGAGUUGUGCAAUAGAUUGCUUGUUACCUGUUACAUGGCCACUGAGAAUUCCAGCCAGGAAACUAAACAAAGGGCUUUGCAGCUUGCCAGUGAAAUAGGGAGUUACCAUUUUCCGAUCGUAAUAGAUGCGGCAGUGAGCUCUGUCAUUGGCAUAUUUACCGCUGCCACUGGAUUAGUACCAAAGUUUAGAAGUAUGGGCGGGUGCGCCAGACAAAAUCUAGCUUUGCAGAAUAUACAGGCACGUCUCCGCAUGGUUCUAUCAUAUUUGUUCGCACAACUAAUGUUGUGGGUGCGAGGUAGGCCAGGCGGACUUUUGGUGUUAGGGUCGGCGAAUGUGGACGAGGCUCUAAGAGGCUACAUGACGAAGUAUGACUGCUCCAGUGCAGAUAUUAACCCCAUUGGAGGCAUAUCCAAGACAGAUUUGAAGUCUUUCCUCCAGUAUGCUAAAAGUCGAUUCUUCUUGCCAUCUCUAUCAGAGAUAUUACAAGCCCCGCCCACAGCGGAAUUGGAACCACUGACAGACGGACAGAUCACACAGACAGACGAACAAGAUAUGGGCAUGACGUAUGCGGAACUAUCAGAGUUUGGUCGGCUGCGCAAGACAUUGAACUGUGGCCCGUUUAGCAUGUUCCAGAAAUUGGUGCAUAAGUGGAGCGAUAAAUGUACUCCUCAAGAGGUAGCAGAAAAAGUGAAGCAUUUUUUCCGUUGCUACGCGAUCAAUCGCCACAAGAUGACUGUCCUCACGCCUUCGUACCACGCAGAGACCUACAGUCCCGACGACAACCGUUUCGACCACCGCCCCUUCUUGUACCGCGUCCAUUGGAACUGGCAGUUCAAGGCUAUUGACGACGCGGUGGCAACAAUGACAAAAGAUAAGAGAGGAUCCGCACGGGAUGCUGAUCGCUCUCAAACCAACCAGGAUGGUAAAUCUAGUAGCAGUUCAUCCCCUGCACCCGGUGUGAAUGCACCUUUUAAUUUGAGAGGCGGCGAUAGAAAAGCUGUACUUAUUUAAUUUAUACACCAUAGACACACGAUUGUGUUGGCAGUAUAGUAAUGUUUUCUGUUCUAGCUUAUAAAAAUAUUGUCUAUUAUUUGAGGUGAAAUCAGCCAAAAGUAUUUUUCUGGAAAUUUUAUCUUUCAUUAUUAAUUUCGGUGAAAUAUCUUUAUGUAGAUAGAAUCAAAAAGUUAUUUUCAAUAACUACGAAUUCGUAAAAUACCUCGAACAAAACAGAUUGUGUAGUUUGGUGAUGCAUUUCGGUUAUACAUAAUUGUUUUAAAAUAAAUUUUUGAAAUAUUAAAAUGAUUAGGGUAUUAUGUCCGUAGUAAAUUGUAAUCGAUUGAUUGUGAUAAAGGUACUUAUGUACGUAAAAUAUUUUUACUUAUUUGUGUUUGAGCUUCGCUUUAUGGAUGGACUUUUAAAGUAAAGGCUUCUUGAUAUUAUUUAUUUAGGUGAUGGGCUAGCAACUGGUCACUAUUUGAAUUUUAUUUUCAUCAGUAAGCCAUUCAAGUAUGUUAUAUCAGUGUACUUUCCUCGUUACGGGUAAAGACAUGAAAUGUAAUAAAACAUUCAGUAAUGUAAUGAUGUUUUAGUGGAUCGAUCGAUUUUUAGUAAUUUUUCAACCGCGGUAAGUUAUUAUUAUGGUAGGUAUAGGAAUAUGAAUAGCGCCAUUUGUUAUAUAGUCAUGGAUUCUAUAGGCCAAGUUAGCCAGUUUGAUUUUUAACAGAAAAAAAUACAGUACAAUAGAUUCACGAAUUGCCCUUACUAGAAUAUAAGAAUAUAUUUUACGUGCAAAGAGAUUUACUUAAUUAAUUUUUUGCUAUGAAGUGAUCACAAAAUCGUAAUUGUAUGGUGCUAUGUUUGUGCAUAGUGUUAUUGUGUUGAUAUAUUUUACUAAUCUGCCUUUUGUAAAAGUUAUUAUAGUGCAUCGUUUACAUUAAUUUUUAUCAUAAUGUGAAAUAUAUGUAACGUGAUUUGUGAAUAAAAUAAAAUACUAUAAACUAAAUAUUA